AUGGCGACCGAGGAUGAUAGCCGCCGGAAAACGCUAGCUAUUUCCCCUCCGGCGGGGAUCAGCAAACUCGGGGACCACGAUCUACUCGCAGAAGUCCUUUGUCGCCUCCCGGACACCAAAUCCGCCUGGCGGUGCAAAUCCGUCUGCAAGCGAUGGUACUCCCUCAUCUCCACUCCCUACUUCUCUCGCCGCUUCCUUUCCCACCCCCGAUUCGAACCGCCUCUCCUGAUACCCUCCGCCGUCCGGGGACCCAUCUGGAGCUUUCUCCCCCUGCCCAGCGACGAAACCCCCUUCCAGGCCUUCGUUGCGGAUUGCUUCAGGGACUUGCUCCUGGUCCAAUUCGCGGAUCGGAGCGGCGGGAGGAAUCCCGACGGCGAGCUGAGAAGGACGUUCUUGGUCUGCAAUCCGUUCACAAAGCAGUGGGUGGCCCUUCCUUUGGCGCCAAAAACUAGCUCCACGGCGAUUACAGCAAGAUUGGUGUGCAAGCCCUGUGAUUCGAUCAACACUCUGUUUUCCGGCGGUGGGGAAGAGCCGUUCACCCAUCACUCCGAUUAUCGGUUCCUCGUGGUGCGCCUGCACCGGUAUGGUCGAGAAUUGGACGUUUUCUGUUCGGGAGCAGGGGUGUGGACGGAACUUGCUCUCUUCGCUUCAAUUCCACGGUGGGAUCUAGAUUAUGGUGUUGUUUCGCUUAAUGGGAAGUUGUACUGGAAGGAUUAUGACAGGAAAUCAGUCGUUGUUGGGUGGAAUCCUUACAGCCGACUAGAUGAUGACAAUGAUGACGAAGCUCCAAUUUUAAUGGAUUCUUUUGAUCAGGUCGAAGUUUGUUCGGCGAUUUGUUCAUCGCAAGCUGCUCUGCACCUGAUUUCACCAUUGUAUUGGACCGGAACAGAGGAUAGUUUGAGUGUGUGGAGAUGGGAAGAAGAAGAAGAAGGAGGAGGAGGAGGAGGAGGUCGUCGUUGGAAGAGACAUUAUCAAGUGUCGUUGAAUAAGUUGUUUGGUAACAUCCCUGAAAUCAAGAGCUCGGACUGGGUCAACGGUAAGGUAGUUGGUCAACAUCUAGAGAAGCCCGAGGUUAUCUUUGUACAAUACUCGAUUCGUCAUUAUAAGCCUUUUCGUUAUACGGCGACUCUCUAUUCGUGCGACCUGAGGCGGGAGGAGACGGAGUUAUUCGCUGACCAGACAAAUAUAGGAUAUAGAAUUUUUGCGUUUCAGCCUAAGGUUAACUUCUGGCCUACUCCGAUUUCAAACUAUGAGAAAUUACGAGUUGCGUAUGAUGGAAGGUACAGUUCGUUGAUUUCAACAGAGUAG